UCGGCACAAAUUACUUUGAUAUAAUACUAAUACACUAAGAUAUCAAGAAAAUAGUAAAUGAAAGCAGGCGAAAAUGAGUGGAAGAGGCAUGGAUGAGGAGGAGAGGAUUCUGGAUGAUGAAUCGGUGGAGAAGAUGUUGGAGAGCAAGGAGGUGCCAAGGUGGCAGAAGCAGCUGAGCGUGAGGGCCUUUGUGGUGAGCUUUGUGCUGAGUAUAUUGUUCAGCUUCAUCGUCACAAAGCUCAAUCUCACGACUGGGAUCGUCCCUUCGCUCAAUGUCUCUGCUGGUCUGCUCGGAUUCUUCUUCGUCAAGACGUGGACAAAGUUUCUAGAAAAAUCUGGAUUUCUCAUGCACCCAUUUACUAGGCAGGAGAAUACUGUCAUUCAGACAUGUGUCGUCGCCAGCGCCGGCGUCGCCUUCAGCGGAGGCUUUGGAAGUUACCUUUUUGGCAUGAGCGAAGUUGUGGCAAAACAAUCUACUACAGCUCAUAACCCUCAGAAUAUCAAGAAUCCUGCUAUCUCAUGGAUGAUCGGAUUCCUCUUCCUCACUAGCUUCGUGGGGCUCUUCUCUGUUCUGCCCCUCCGGAAGAUAAUGAUCAUCGAUUUUAAACUGACUUAUCCAAGUGGCACUGCAACUGCUCAUUUGAUCAAUAGCUUUCACACUUCUCAAGGAGCCAAGAAAGCCAAGAAACAAGUUAGAUUCUUGGGAAAGUUCUUCUCUUUCAGCUUCUUGUGGGGUUUCUUCCAAUGGUUUUUCACUGCAACCGAUACUUGCGGAUUCGGGAAUUUCCCUACAUUUGGCCUUAAAGCCUAUCAGAACAAGUUCUACUUUGAUUUCUCUGCAACAUAUGUUGGCGUUGGCAUGAUAUGUCCCUAUAUCAUAAGUGUGUCGUUGCUACUCGGUGCAGUCCUGUCAUGGGGCAUAAUGUGGCCAUUGAUAGAGCAGAGGAAGGGAGACUGGUACUCUGCUCAACUCCCAUCCAGCAGCCUUAAUGGCUUGCAAGGUUACAGGAUCUUCAUUGCUAUAGCUAUGAUUCUUGGUGAUGGUCUCUACAACUUCGUUAAGGUCCUUGGCCGCACCCUAUUCGGGUUGUAUCACCAACUCCGCGACAAAAACAUUGGCCCUAUCCUUGAAGGUGGUGGCAUCAGGAAGAACUCUCCUCUAGCUCUAACAUCUGCUAAUUUAUCUUAUGAUGAUCAGCGAAGAACUCAACUUUUUCUCAAGGACCAAAUCCCUACUUGGGUUGCCAUUGCUGGCUACAUCACCAUUGCAGCAAUCUCUUCUGCCACAAUUCCUCUCAUCUUCCACCAACUAAAAUGGUACUACAUUGUGGUAAUAUACAUCUUUGCACCUGCACUAGCCUUCUGCAACGCCUAUGGAUGCGGGCUUACUAAUUGGUCCAUGGCGUCUACUUAUGGAAAAUUGGCAAUAUUUGUGAUCGGUGCAUGGGCAGGAGCCGCCCACGGUGGUGUUCUUGCAGGGUUGGCCGCGUGUGGGGUGAUGAUGAAUAUUGUGUCGACUGCCUCUGACCUCACGCAGGACUUCAAAACCGGGUACCUGACCCUUGCAUCUCCACGGUCCAUGUUCGUGAGCCAGAUCAUUGGUACUGCUAUGGGUUGUGUUAUCUCACCCUGCGUGUUUUGGCUCUUCUACAAGGCAUUUCAUGAUCUGGGACUCCAUACUUCGCCAUACCCCGCUCCUUAUGCUCUAAUGUAUCGAAACAUAGCAGUCUUGGGUGUUGAAGGAGUUUCAUCUUUGCCAAAACACUGUCUUACUCUGUGUUAUGUGUUUUUUAUAGUGGCCUUGGCUGCUAAUGGAGUUAGAGAUGCCGUGGGACCAAAAUGGGGGAGGUUCAUUCCUAUUCCUAUGGCUAUGGCACUUCCUUUCUACCUUGGAGGCUACUUUGGCAUUGACAUGUGUGUUGGGAGCUUGAUUCUGUUCAUUUGGGAGACGAUUGACAAGGCGAAGGCUGAUGCAUUCGCACCUGCAGUAGCUUCUGGAUUGAUCUGCGGAGACGGGUUAUGGACCUUGCCUAGCUCGCUUCUAGGUUUGGCCGGUGUAAAACCACCUAUUUGCAUGAAGUUUCUGUCCAGAAAAGAUAAUGCUAGAGUUGAUCAUUUCUUAGCUUCUUAAGCAUCCAUACAUUUCAAUAAUUAAGCUAAAAACUUUGUAUUGUUAGACUACAUAUGUGUGGAAUGUUGUGGUACAUGAGCUCAUGCCUCAAUCAAUUCUCUGAUUGGUUUCA